AGUUUUUCUCAAGCUAAACUAUAAUUUCUAUAAACAAUAAUCAAUGAUAACCUAUUGAAGCAAGACUUAGUUUUAUUGUGUGUCAUUGAUUCAGUGAUUUCAAUUCUUCUAACCAUGGAAGUUUAAGUCAACCAAUAAGAACCGAUAUUAUGAUUUUACUUUUCACCAAACUUCAAUCUCUUUUUAUGUUGUAAACUGUUUUAAAUAAUUUAAUAUGGCUGCACAUUGCUUCGAUCCUAACAAUAAAGCCAGUUGGUAUUUUGGACCAAUGUCGCGUAUUGAGGCUUCUGAUUUAUUAAUGAGUGAACGAGAAUGUGGAACGUUUUUAAUUAGAGAUAGCCUCAGUAUUCAAGGAGAUUAUGUUUUAUGUGUGAGGGAAGAUAGUAAGGUUAGUCACUACAUUAUCAAUAAAAUACAAGAAAAUAAUGAAAUAAAAUAUCGAAUUGGUGACCAAGUAUUUCCUGAUUUACCAAGUUUAUUAGCAUUUUAUAAAUUGCACUAUCUUGACACUACUCCUCUUUUAAAACCCGCUGUUAAACCAAUUGAAAAAGUUGUUGCCAAGUAUGACUUUUUGGGAAAUGAUCAAGAUGAUCUACCAUUUAGAAGGGGAGAUAUUUUGACUAUUCUUGUAAAAGAUGAAGAACAGUGGUGGACAGCUAAGAAUAUGAUGGGUCAAAUGGGCUCUAUUCCAGUUCCAUAUGUUCAAAAAUAUGAUGGAAGUCAACCUUUACCAAUGAAAGACAAUAAUCAAAUUCAUGGAUCUAAUAAUGAGUCAACAUUAAGACGUUCUAGUCUUCAAAAAAAAUUACCAGCAUUAGCAAGAGUUAAACAAGUUCGUGUACCUAAUGCAUAUGACAAGACAGCAUUAAAACUUGAAAUUGGGGAUAUAAUCAAAGUUACGAAAACUAAUAUUAAUGGCCAAUGGGAAGGUGAACUAAAUGGUAAAACUGGACAUUUCCCAUUUACACAUGUAGAAUUUGUGGAUUCUGAAAUUAAUGAUUGUAUAAGUGAUAGCUAAUUCAAUAAUCUUUUAUUUUUAGUUUAUUUUUUUAAUCAUUUUCAUUUAUUAUUGUAAUCUAACUAGUAUGUAAUAUUAAUACAGAUAUAUUUUAUUAUGAUGAUCAAUUCAAUUGUAUGCUCCUUAAAAUAGAGUUUUAUCUACUUAAAUUAAUAAAAACAAAUAUAAGUAGAUGUAUAUACCUGACAAUGAAAA